ACAAAUUAUAAAGAUAUAGUAGCACGUCUUGAAUGGAAUUCCCGCUCUAACUUUAAGAGUUGAAAAGUAAAGUGGACUGAAAUAUAUCGAUAUAAAAUUGCAAUUUUUCUAUUAUAAAAUGUCUGACGAAUGGCAGACUUACCGAGAUGAUACUAGAACGCCUUGUAAGUACGGUAGAAAUUGCUAUCAGCGAAACCCACAACAUCACUCAAGCUUUAAACAUCCUCCGAAGAAUUUAAAACGGAAAAAUGAGAAUUACAGGCCAAAUAAAAAGAGGUAUAAGCUUACUGCUUCACCUAGAAAAGAUGUAAACGAUACCAACAAGGAUCUUGACCACAGAGAUACCCAAGGUGACAUAGGUAGUGUUGAUCAAAAGACGAGGUCAAAUGAAGAUAAUGCUUCCACAUCUAAAACAGAUCUCGACAAAGGCUCUUGUGACGAUAACAUUGUUAUAAAGUUCCCAGAAAUCCUAUUAUAUCACGAUAAAAGUGACCACAAUCUUUUUAAGGAGUUGUUUUUAGUGGAAAUGCCAGAGGACUUUUUUAAAUUUUAUAAGUGUCUAGAAGAAUUAGAGUCAUUUGAGAAAGUACUAUCAAGCGUAAAUUUAGAGCUCAUUGGCCCAUACGAUUUGCUACUUGGAAAAUUGCCCAUAUUAGACAAUAAAGACUUGUACUUAGUGCACUGGAGAUUUUUCUAUGAUCCUCCAGAGUUUCAAGCAAUAUUAAAAAAGAAUGGCAAAAGUGAGUACCACAUUGGUUACUUCCGGGAUCAUCCUGACAAGCCUCCACAGUUCCUUGCUAGCUGUGACAGCAGUAAAGACUGCUCCAUCACACCUAUGGCCAAGAAUAUCUUCGCAACCAUUUACCUAUAUUUACAGAACGAGAAAAACACUUCUCCAUUCAUGUCAAUAGCAUGUCAGAAGCUUAUGGACAAAGUAAAAAAAUGGGCAGAGAACCAUGGUUACCCCCUUGAAAAGUAUGACAUGAAGGAACGCCAAGCUAAAAUUCAGACCAAAACCUUCCAUGGAGCAGGGAUAGUAGUGCCAUACAACAAACGUACACAACUAGGGUACAGGAAUUUAGUAGAAACCGAUGGAAACUUAAAGAAAAUGUUUUCAAAAUUGAAAUCAGCAAAAACUCAAAAGGAGAAAGAUGACGUAUUAUCAGAUUUGCAGCCUGUGAUUACAUAUGCAAAUAUUGCAGUAGAUGAGUGUGAUUUUGGGACAGGAUUGGAGGCUGGUAUAAACCUCUUUUGUUCAGGGAUCCGAGAGCUGGAAGCCAGUGCUUUGAGUAGUCUGCAAGCUGCUUACUCUCUUUUAAAAAGGGAUGAAUUUGCCAAAAUCUUGCAGGCUCAUUUAAAAUACCGGCGUAAGGGCCCCAAUUUGUCAGUAUUAAGUAUAAAUGAAAAAUAAUUAAUAAUGUCUGUGACAUGUUUUUUAACGAUUUUGGAUAAUGUUAAAUCAUUUCAUACAAAGGGUAUAUCAAUAUUAAGUAGAGCAACUCAUUUUAUGGCUGCAAGCUCUCUGGCAUAAUUUUGUUCUGCAAAACUUUACGUUACAGUUAAAACAUUGCAUUAAAAUGCGAAAUUUUUGAAAUCCAAACUUACAAAACGCUGAAGGGAUAUAAUUAUAGUAUUCGCCAAGUUUUUAUGUGUGCGUGCACUUAGUACACAUAUCGCACUUGCAAAUGCAGUAAAGGUUUAGUAGUAGUGGUAAAACAAUCCAAAACGCGUCCUGGAAUUUCUAAGAAAAGAUAAAAGUUGCAGCCCCAAAUUUGGUUGAGGACCUAAUCAAUCUGGGAAAUUAUUAACUUUACACUAAAUUAUUGUUUUAUUACGUACGAAAGUAGUACCAAAUAAUCAUAUAGUAGCUUAAAGUAUUGUUGAAAGAAACUAUCAUAUGUGCAGUAUUGUUUAAAGUCUUACAA